CGACGGCAAACCACUUACAACUUCACAGGUGAGAGACCAGCUGUCAGAGGUUGUAAAACAAGGAGCAACAGCAGGGGAACCAAUAGGGCUCUUCACAAUGGAACACAGAGAUAACUGGGCAAAUGUAUAUAAGAAACUGAUUCAAGUUUAUAGUAGGAGAGGAUGGUUACAGUGGAUUGAACUACGAACAUACAACAGCUGAGGGACCACCUAUAAUACAUCUCAUGGAUCAUUGUAUGAAAUAUAUGACACUUUAAGUUUGACAGUAGAACAUGACAGCCCCAGUUCAACUAUAGAUGGUUUGAUCAUAGACACAGUUUAAGUGUUUGGUGUAAGGACAAAAGCCACUGUUGUGUAUAUAGGUGAUAAAGCGCAUACGCAGCUACACUAUGACAAAACAACAAGGGUACUGGAGAUUACUAACCUGGCAUUACCCAUGAACCAGGACUUCCAGCUGGAAUGGAGGGAGUUACGCAGACCAACAUCUGAUGAGAUGUUACGUGUGAAUUGUUUCCCGGAUAAGGACAAUCGGCAUAUAUCUGUAGCAGAAUGUAAAAAUAGAAGCUGUCUGUUUGAUCCUUCAACAGAUUUGCCAUAUUUUAUACCAAAGUGCCAUAUUGAUAGAGUCCUUGCAGACAGAUUUGUGGAGGGUAUUUGUCCAUUGUGUUCCUUUGAAGAUGCCAGGGGAGACCGGUGUGAUGCUUGCGGGAAACUUAUUAACGCCACUGAGUCGGUGAAAUCAAAAUGUCGAGUCACAAUUGCAGUCUCACCUUACCAAGGUGUUUGAGUCUGGUACCUGGACUAACAAUGCUAAGGUGAUCACUAACUCGUGGAUUAGAGAUGGGCUCAAACCCAGGUGUAUCAGUAGGGACUUGAAAUGGGGAACACCUGUACCUCUAGAGGGGUACACUGAUAAGGUAUUUUAUGUGUGGUUUGAUGCUCCAAUUGGAUACCUCUCUAUCACGGCCAACUACACGGAGCACUGGGAACAUUGGUGGAGAAACCCAGAUAAUGUGGAGAUGUACAACUUCCUCGGCAAGGAUAAUGUCCCCUUCCAUAGUGUAAUAUUUCCUGCUACACUUCUAGGGGCUCAGGACAACUAUACCAUAGUCAGCCAUAUGUCUGCAACUGAGUACUUGAAUUAUGAAGAUGGCAAAUUCUCUAAAAGCCGAGAAACAGGUGUGUUUGGGGACCAGGCAAAGGACACUGGGAUACCUGCAGAUAUUUAUAGAUUCUACCUCCUCUAUGUCAGACCUGAAACACAGGACAGCAGCUUUAGCUGGGAUGACUUUUUGUUGAAGAACAACAGUGAGCUGCUAAAUAAUCUAGGCAACUUUAUUAACAGGGCAUUAACAUUUGUGAGCAACAGUUUUGGCGGGACUAUACAAGAAAUGGUGCUGAAUGCUGAUGACUACAAUCUUCUAGCAUUGGUCAACAGGGAGCUGAAAACAUACAUAGACAACAUGGAAUCUGCGAGAUUGAGAGAUUCCAUCAGAAACAUUCUGAGUAUCUCCAGGCUAGGAAACCAGUUUAUGCAAGAAAAAAAACCAUGGGUGCUUGUAAAAGGAAGCGAUGCAGAUAAAAGACUGAUUCUUGUGAGCACACUUGAUGGCAAGUUAUCUGCCCUUGACGUGAAGGAGGAAGGCAAGUUGUUAUGGAGUGUUGCAGCUGACUCAAGACCACUUCUGUCAUCAAGUAUCAGCAAACUGGAAAUAAUGCAUGAGGGAGUACCCACGAGGUACAUUCCAUCGUUGAACGGAGGUCUGUAUCGUUAUGAUGGGGAGAGCAUAGAGGCUGUACCGUUAUCUGUCGAUACCUUGCUGAGCUCCACAUUCAAACUUGCUGAUAAUACCAUGAUGAUAGGAGGAAAAGAUUUAGUCACAUAUGGCCUAGAUCCACAUACAGGACAGGUAAGAUAUGCAUGUGGUGUAAAGGGAUGUCAGACAUUUGGUGAACAAGUUAUGAAUGAGGAAGAUCUGUUGGUUGUCAGCAGACAAACACAAACUGUCAGGGCAGUCGAUUCUCGGUCAGGUUCAGAGAAGUGGAAUUUUAGUGUUGGGGAGCAUGAACUAACAUGUAAUAAAGGUCAAAGACAGGUCAUCUCUAGUGACCAUGACAAUAUGGAAGAAGAAGUAGAUAUAGUCACUUGUGAUUUAGAAGUGAUGUGCGGGUCUUCUAUGAGAAUAUGGUAGUUACUGUGGUUCAGAGAUUCUACCCUUCAGUCACUGAGAUUCCUGAAACCAAACCUAAGGGAUACUGUCUCACCUGAAGAAG